AUGAAUUCUGAUUUGCUUCCAGUUUUGAUAAAAUGUGUAAAUUUCGCAGCGAUCAAACAUAAAGAUCAGCGUAGGAAAGAUAAAGACGCUACUCCGUAUAUCAAUCAUCCUAUUGGUGUUGCGAACAUAUUGACGGAAGAGGGUGCUGUAACUGAUCCAAUUGUUAUUCAGGCUGCAUUGCUUCACGACACCGUUGAGGAUACAGAUACAACAGUAGAGGAAAUAGAAAGCAUCUUUGGCAAAGAAGUAGCAGGUGUCGUAGCAGAGGUCACUGAUGAUAAAUUACUACCAAAACAAGAGCGGAAACGCCUCCAAAUUGUGAAUGCACCUAAGAAAACAUAUCGUGCGAAGCUCGUAAAAUUAGCAGAUAAACUGUACAAUCUGCGUGACCUGGACAGGACGACCCCAGUUGGUUGGACGGAUGAUCGAGUAGUGGAAUAUUUUGAAUGGGCAAAGAAGGUGAUUGAUGGAGUCCGUGGUACGAAUAAAGCAUUGGAGGACAGUUUAGAUGCAAUGUUUGCAGCACGUUGCAUUUCAGUAGUCGUAGAGUAAUUUCAACAGAUCAGG